AUGCCUAGUAUGCGGCGUCACAGGCCUGGGGGCUCCGCCUUUGCAGCCAAAGCGGGUGCAGCCUCCUCAACACCCGACAGCCUGUCGACGUUCAGAUCAUUCAAUUCAGAUACAAAUCCUACGAGACCGAUAAGACCUUCUCCCCUCACCGCAUCUACCAUACAUGGUAUACCGCUGGACAUGUAUGACCGCAUACGAUCUUUCCCGCUGUUUCUCUCCGCUCCUGAAGCAUUUCUAGCAGCCAUUGGCAAGCAUUUACGGCCGCAAUCGCAUGCACCUCAUGAUUACAUUUUGACCGAAGGGGAUGAUGCCAAAGCAAUGUACUGGCUGGUCCGGGGAGUGGUGGCAGUCACAUCAAGAGAUGGUGAAAGCACAUAUGCUGAGCUCAAGCCUGGUGCUUUCUUUGGGGAGAUUGGUAUUCUCAUGGAGAUACCUCGUACGGCGACUAUCGUGUCAAGAACAAAGUGCUUACUCGUCACACUCAAAAAGGAGGAUUUAGUCAAAGAGUUGCCGGCGUUUCCGACAGUGGAGCGAGCAAUCAGAGAUGAAGCUUCGGAGAGGUUGUCGAUUCUCAAGAGGAAGAAGAAAGAAAGUCAGUCAGCUACAAGCGUCGAUAAACCAAAGACAUUGGUAAGCCGCGGAGGAAAACGCGCCAGAGAAGUAGAAGAUGGCGACGUGGAGAUGAUUGAUGUGAUCGUAAACGGUGUCAAGGGCAACAAAAAGCGUAAAUCGCCAUCUCCAAGCCUUGUGGAAGCAGCGAGUUCCAGUGCCUUAGGCGAUGGUUUGGUCAACGUCAGGCAGUUGCUCAAGGAGCUUCCUCUGUUUUCCGAUCUACCUCCCGAAAUGCUGCACUUUUUGGGUCUCAACGCGCAGCCUUGUACCUAUCCACCAUUCACAGACAUUAUCCAGCAAGACUCUAAAGGACGAGAAGUCUUCUUUAUCGUGAGGGGUGAAGUGGAGGUGAUUGAUGAGAAAGCUCCUGGUCAGAAUUUGAGGACUUUGACCAACGGCGCUGGACAAAGUCUGCGAAGGGGGGCGCAAGUCAAAGCUCGCUUGAAACAAGGACAAUAUUUUGGGGAAGUAGUCAGCCUGUCAUUGGCCCCACGGCGGACGGCGACUGUCCGUUCUGUCACUUCUGUUGAAUGCCUCAUGAUCACUGGAGACGUCUUGCUAAAUUUCUGGGCUAAAUGUCCCCCAGCAGUGAGACAGCAGGUCGAGAAGACGGCGAGGCAAAGACUACAAACUGCAUCGGACGGCGACGUGAUCAUGUCGGAUGCUAGUGACUCGACACCUCCUAUUCAGAAGUUGAGGAUUGCGGAUCGAAAUUCAAAGACCUCAAAGAAAAAGCAGUCUUUACCCACUGUGACUUUCUCAGACCAAAAGCCUGCUACACCACAUAAGCCGACUAGGAUUGAGGAUGUCCCUGUCACUGAAGCUGUAGACCCAGAUCCUUUCAUGAGCAUUGACAGCAGCAAGUCGUUCGAUAGAUCGAGGCGAAGCUCGCUAGCCCCUCCAAUAACCGAAGAGGAAGAGACUGAACGCAGAGAUCGAGUGACAAGUGCUUCGCCGCCUGGAAGUCGACCUACGACGCCGUCACGGCGGCAUCGACUGGGAGAGCUGUCGCCUGAGCAAGGAAAGCCGAAAGCCAGCGGCAUCAAACGCUCACCAAGUGCACAUAGUCAAGGCAUAUUUCCCGACAACGUAUUGAUAAAUGUCUUCAAACAAUUCGAAUUACCAGAGCUUAUGCGAUUACGGCUAGUCUCACUUCACUGGUCCAAGCUCUUGAAAGAAUCGCCCGAGCUGCUGCGAACACUGAACCUUGCUCUGUACAACCGCAUCAUCACAGACCAAGUCCUCAUAAACCAUAUCUGCCCUUUCGUUGGCACCCGACCGCGAACCGUCGACAUCAGUAACUGCUUCCACAUCAGUGACGAAGGAUUUGCUGCCCUUACAUCAGCCUGCGGCGCUAACGUGACAACAUGGCGAAUGCGCAGCGUCUGGGACAUCACCGCCCAGGCGGUCCUCGAAAUGGCAAACCGAGCUAAAGGCCUGGAAGAAGUCGACCUCAGCAACUGCCGCAAAGUCUCCGACAACCUCUUACAGCGAGUUGUCGGCUGGGUCGUGCAAGGCACACCGGGCCAGAACGACAUGCACGGGCACCAGCGACACGCUGCAGCGCGGUCCGUCGGCGCUCCUGUACCUAACCAUCACCCACCUCCGGGCACGGUGUUCGGCUGUCCCAGACUGAAGAUCCUUACGCUCAGCUACUGCAAGCAUGUUACCGAUCGCUCAAUGGCGCAUAUGGCAUAUCAUGCUUCUUCGCGCCUCGAACAGAUCGAUCUGACGCGAUGCACGACCAUCACAGACAACGGCUUCCAACACUGGGGCCAAUUCCAAUUCUCACGACUCACGAAAUUAUGUUUGGCCGAUUGUACGUAUUUGACGGAUAAUGCGAUCGUUUACCUCACCAAUGCAGCGAAAGGACUGCGAGAUCUAGACCUGGUAAUGACCACCCCUCCCACAUGCUCUGUCUCCUGUCACAACGCUAAUGAUAUACUUCACAACACCGCAACCGAAGUCCUCGCCCUCGGCUGCCCCCAUCUCCGCAAACUCAACCUCUCCUUCUGCGGCAGCGCCGUCUCCGACCCUUCUCUCCGCUCCAUCGGCCUCCAUCUGCUCGAGUUGAAGGAACUCUCCGUCCGCGGCUGCGUGCGCGUCACCGGGCAAGGGGUCGAGUCGAUAGCGGAUGGGUGCCACAAGCUGGAGUAUUUCGAUGUCAGCCAGUGUAAGAACCUGACGCCGUGGCUGGAGCGACAGUUGUGGAGACGGUAUGCGCCACGGAUCAAGUUUGAGACUGUGGCGAGGGGAAGCAAUCGGAUGGGCUCCCGAUGA